AUGGCGGAGCUCACAAGUACAAAGCUCAAUGCGGAGUCGCAUCUCCUCCUCGACCAACCACUCCUGCGCAUGCCCUACGAGCUCUCGCGGCGCAACUUCAAAAACGCCCAGCGCGUCAUCGAACACUCGUCCAGCGCACUCACCACAUCCCUAACCGCCGCCACCAAAGCCGCCUCCAAGAACGCCUCCCCAGAAGCCACACUCGACUCUAUCGAUACCAUGAUAAGCAAGAUGCACAACCUCAAGCGCAAACUAGAAAACCUCCACGAAGAAGAAGCGCGCAUCCACCGCUCCACAAAAGCGCGCCUACAACACCUGCAAGACCUUUACGAGAUGCAAAGCCUCGUCGACGUCAAAUACGAUGAAUGGUCACGCACGCGGUUAAGCCGCUUACUCGUGGAUUACCUGCUAAGAGAGGGGUAUGCAGAGAGCGCAGCGUGUCUGGCGAAGAGCAAAGGAAUCACCGAGCUCGUGGAUGUGGAUGCAUUCGUUGCGUGUCACAAAAUUGAGAAGAGUUUACGGGAAGGCAUGAGUACAACAUUGGCGCUUGAGUGGUGCAAGGAACAUGGCAAAGAACUCAAGAAGGGGGGUAGCCUGCUCGAAUUCGAGCUCAGGCUGCAGCAGUAUAUUGAGUUGGUGAGACAGGGACACGAGGCCGGGUUGAGCGGUAUGGAUGGGUUGGAGACACAAGAUGAUGGUAUGCAUGGAGUCAGCAUAGGGGGCGGAGGUGGAGAAACGAAGUUGAUGGAGGCGAGGGCGCAUGCAAAGAAGUAUUUGAGUACGAGUGGGGAUUUCGAAUUGAUGAGGAGGGCCGCGGGCAUGUUGGCGUAUAGGCCGUGGGACGAGGUGGAACCUUAUGCUUCUUUCUACUCGGCAUCAAGGUGGUCGCAUCUGGCCGAUUGCUUCGUCGCGACUCAUCACACCCUCUACGCCCUGCCCCCGCGGCCGCUCCUCCACGUCGCCUUGAGCGCCGGUCUCUCCGCGCUCAAGACACCCGCCUGCCAUUCCGCCUACACACCCUCCUCCACAAACGCCGCUUCCUCUACCACGACCGUAUGCCCAAUCUGUAGUACCGAGCUCAACGAGCUGGCGCGCAACGUUCCCUACGCCCUCCACACUAAGAGUAUCGUGGAAGACAGUCCCGUAGUACUGCCCAACCAUCGCAUCUACGGCUCCGAGAGACUGCGCGUCUUCAACGAGAAGGUUGGCACGGAAGAGGGAUUCGUAAGGGACCCGGCAGAAGGACUGAGCGGCAAGCAGUGGCCUGAGAGCGAGGUCCGGAAGGUUUAUGUUAUGUGA